AUGGAUCUCGAUAUUGGCCUCGAAGGGACUAUUGUGGCAGUGACCGGAGCAGGAGGUCAAAUCGGCCAAGUCAUCGUUGAAGCGUUCUUGAGCGCUGGCUGCUUCGUCGGCGCGCUCGACAUCGAUCAUAGGAAGUUCCAAAGGCAGCACAAGAAUCUCCUGUGGCUGCAGUGCGAUACAACAGACGAGAGGUCAGUUUUUGACGCCUGGACAGCAAUCUGUUCACAAUUCGGAAAUUGGCCCACGGUGUGUGUCUGCGCCGCCGCUCUUGAUCUAAGUUUCGUUAAACAUCAUGCAUCAAUCACGGAAAUGUCUGCUGAGCAGUUCAGAAAGACCCUUGAUGUUAACGUGACUGGCACGUUUAUCACUGCGAAAACCUGGCUUAGCCAAAUUCCGCGUACCGAUGGUUCGAGCCUCUUGAAAACGGACAGCGUGAAGAACUUGUCGCUUGUCAUUAUCGGUUCGGAGGCCGGUAUCAUGGGCGUGCCAGGCAAUCCGGACUACGCCGCCAGCAAGUCAGCCGUCCAAUAUGGGCUUAUGUUAUCUCUAGCCCCCGACGCCGUGAGAAUCAACCCUAAAGCGAGAGUGAAUGCGAUUUGCCCGGGCGCUGCCAAUACGCCCAUGUUUCGCAAAGAAUGUGCGGAAGAUGAGACAGGGUCUACGAAGUGGGUUGAGUCGGAGGCGACUGUGGCUUCGAAGAGACCCGUAGAUGAUGGUCAGCAUCUACAAACGGCCAAAUGA